AUGGCACCGCCGCAUGAAGGAGAUUUCUGGGGGCUGGUCGUGCAAUACGCGCAGGCCGUCUCUGAGUGGGUGGCUCCGCGUGUGGAGGUGCCGUGCGAGAAGCGAUUCGCACAUGAGGACCUGGAAAGAUCAUCUGUGCUGGCGGAGCACCAUCAGGUUGACGACAGUGCGUUGACCUGUCGAGAGCAGUGGGAACUCAUUGGUUAUGUGGAAAGUCUGUUGCAGAUGGUGAAGCACGAGCAGCGCCUUCGACAUGAUGCAGAGACACGCUGUGCCAACUUAUCUGCUGAGCUUGCGGAAUGGAAAGAGCGCGCGUCGAACAUGGGACCAGACCAAGAAGCAGAUCAAAUCAACACCGGCAACACCUUGUUCUCCAUACGGCGUCGCGGGGAUGAGACUGAAUCAGGUAAUGUUCCCGAAAGCGAUGUUUCUGGGUCCCGUUUGGAUCCCAGCGCGCAGACGCAGAUGGAUUUGGGAGGCGUGUUGCAGGACGGCAUAGAGGUCUCCUACCUCGACUGCAUCACGGGGUGGUUCACGGGAAUUUUGACUUUCACCUGGACUGCUGAGUAUGGGCAGGCUUCCCACAGCGACUGGCUCUGCGUGUUGGCUUUGCCCAGCUUGCUGGAUUUCCUAUGCGCUCCGGAGGUCAUCCAUCUUCGUGCGAGUUCCCUCCGGAGCAUCGACCUGAAGGCUUUGGCGCGGCAUUCCCUGCAGCUCGCUGACUUUUCCAGGUCAUCGUCUUUGAUCGCAUAUGCGGAAACCUUUUCAAGGCUGUCAUAUGAUCCAGACCGCGCCUAUGCUAUGUUGAAGAGCGACGUGGAAUUUCAGAAGGCGUUCUUUUGUCAAUGGUACAUCAGUUUCCACCUCCAUGAAUGUGAGCUUCAAUAUGUGAUGGACCCAUUGUUGGAUGCAUUGCUGGGCCACUGCCGCAUAAUCUUACGGGGAGAAUCUGGUUCUAUGCAAGCCUGCCAAGCAGCACACAAAGUGCUGAGCACAUUGAGUCAGGCCUACUCCCCAUUCGUGGCACGCCGCAUCUCCAGCUUUAUGCUGGAUGUGCUGGACUUGCUUCUGGCUUCGCCGGUUGGGGCCUGCAGGUCGUGGUAUCAGAAAAAAUGGGCUUUUGAGCACGUGGUGCAUAUCUUGGACUCGCUGGGUCCAGAAGAGCGUCAACGCUGGUUUUCAACUUUGACUUGUGUGAUGGGCGGAGAAGGAGACAUGGAGCGUCAGCGAAUGGUCUUCGCUUGCAUAGAGCUGCUAUGGCGCGCUGACAGCACCCCGUGGGAGAGUUACUGCACCUGCAUUAGUAUCCUGGAGCAGGUCUGUCAAGAUGAUGGGCCUUUGAGGGCUCUGCUGCAGGACGCAUGA